UAAAAAGUUCUUGAGGCCACGGGGGCGCCUAGGAGGCGGGAACGCAGCUCCGGAGCCGACGGGAGCCGGACCCUGGGUCUUCCCCGCGGGAAAGCCCUGAGGAGAUAUUUUCUUUUUAAACAUUACGAAAUUUGAGGAUGGUGGGACAAAACGACUAACUCCCACUUUCCUGUGAUUCCUUGGCCGGAAAACUGUCGAAAUCUGUGGUCUACUAUUUAAAAGAUGCACAUUGCUGCUACCCACCAAGGAAAGACUAAAGUACAUUCACAAGAUACUCUCAGAUGUUUCCUGUUUAAAAUUCAAUGGCUGUGCAGCUCCUAUGCAAUGUUUAGGAUUACCAUGUUAUGGCAUGUUUUUACAGACCUUAACAGCAGGUUGGGAUGAACUUGAGUGCCAUCGUGUCUAUAACUUCUUAUGUGAGUUGACUAAUCUCUCCCGCAAGAUGCAGACUGUUGUCUGUGGCAAACCAGGAAGUGCCCGAAAAUUAGAAUUAAGGAUCAGACUAUUCUGUAGAAAUGUCCUCCUUGAUCAUUGGACACAUCGAAGUGAUUCUGCUUUUUGGUUGACACGAAUAUUAAAACCAUGGCCAAUGGUGAAUCAGGCAAGAUUACUGUAUAUCAUCUUUGGGCCAACAUCUUCUCAGGAUGUGGUUCCUCGGGAGUGGCUUCUAGAGAAUAAUGCACAUCUCCUAAUCCUAAGUGGAAACAACAUCUGUUUCACUUUCAUGGCUAGUAAAGCUGUGAAUGGACGGGCCAUUGAACUGGCAAGGCUCAUUGUCUUUUUAGCUUUGGUGUGUGAGAAAGAACUAUACUGCAUGGAUUGGGCAGUUAAAAUGAUGCAAAAAGUCUGUAAAGUCUUUAACACUCCGGUGGAAAGAAAUAACUUCCUGCAGAGUGUGGCAAAUGCAUUUGCCUGUGUUACAAUGGAAAUGCUGCAGUCAAUCAUGUCUGGAGAUCGUGAUGAAGACGACAGAGGCUUUUUGAAUUUGUUCCAUCUUGUACAUGCUCAGGCUAACUUCCAUAAGGAGGUCUUAUAUUUGACCAUGAAUACACUCUCCCCCUAAAUACUCAGAAAACCUUGCAUUUAGAGAAUACAUCGCUGAAUUAACACUUAGAAGAGUACUACUUUUCCACACCUGAAGAAUAGCAUCUAUGGGGCUUUUUAUCAUCUAAGGAAACUAGGAAUUCAAAAGCUGCAUAGGAUUUUAGCAGCAAUUGCUCACACCAUUAUUAAUAUAAAAACAACAGGCAAACCCAAGAAUAUGCUGUGAUUUCUCUGGAAAAUAAGCUCUGCCUCAGACUCCAAGUUUUGUUAAAUUCAACACCAAACCAAAAUAGAAGGUUAACUGUCAGUCCAUUCUGUUUGUGUGGAUCUGUGAAAAAAGAGAAAAUUCUGUUUUAUAGUUAGAACAGACCCAAAUUCACUAAACAAUAGUAUCUGUUCACUUUGCUUAGGUUGUGUAGAUACAGCCUAGAAUGUUUUGUGAAGAUUUGCAGUAUGGUAUUUUAGAAUGUGCAGAAUAUAAAUCACAUUCCUUAUUACCUCUUGGCAUGUGAUUACAAAGAAUAAUAUAUUUCAUUCAUAUUUUAUAUGGA